AUGGCCGAGCACCUCGCUUUGCCCAAAGCCACGUUCGCCAAGCAGUACUUGCGCACGGUGAAUGGCGCGACGGCCUUGCGCCAGACCGACGACGACCGCCAGUGCAUCUUCCUCGACGGCAAGCAGUGCAGCGUGCACCGAUCGGGCGAGGAAUUGACGUACGACGACAUCAAUGACCUUGUCUCGGAGCUCGAGCCCGAGAUGCUCGACGCCUUCCAAGAGGAGGUCGAUGCCAAGUACCAGCGCUCGAUCCUGCACGAAGACGACAACAUUCUGGUGAUGGACAGCUUCCUCGAUGGCCUGCCACCGACGCGGUCGCUGCAUUUUGUCGACCGCCUCGAGCUCGUCCAGAGCGAAGUCUUGCUGAACGAGGACGGCUCUAUUAACGACACGGAGCUCGCCCUCGACGUGCACAAGGGUCUCUGCGUCGGCCUGACGCUGCUGCCAACAGAGCGCCUGCACAACCUCCGCAUUGGCCUGCUCGGCGCUGGCGCGGGGGUCCUUCCGACCUUUCUCAACAAGCACUUGCGCGGCGAGGUUCACAUGGACGCCGUCGACCCUUCGCGCGCGAUGCUCUCUGCAGGGCAGCACUUCUUCCAUCUCGUGCCGUCCGACCGCCUCUCGCUGCAUGAAGCGAUGGGCGAAGCCUACGUCGCCCGCCAGCCCGACGCGUCCGUGGACUGGCUCAUCCUUGAUGUCGAAGACGGAAACGCUGCAGAGACGGAGCUGCGUGCACCGCCCGCGUCGUUUCUCACGCCGGCGUUCAUAGCCGACGCCAGCCGCGUGCUCACGGCCGACGGCAGCAUCGCGAUCAACGUCAUCUUUCCCAAGGCGUCGACGAGUCCAGAUGCGUCGCUCGAGGCGCUUCGGGCGCUCCUCGCACCCCACUUUGCUUCGAUCUUCGUGCUCUCGCUGCCCAAGAACGUAGUGGUGUUUGGGGCCAAGCGCGAGAAGAUCGCGGCGCCGCGUGCGCUUGUGAACGACGGCAGCGUCGGGCGUCCACUGGCGUCGACGAUCCGAAACCAGUUGUCGGCCAGCGCGUUGCGUCGACUCGUGGAACCCAACGACUUGGGCAUUUGA